CCAGAGAAGAGACGGAGACGUCAUAAGAAAUCCUCGUCAUCAUCCCAAGAGGUUUCCGUAGAAGAUAAACCCGUACCCCAACACCCGCCGACAUUUGACUACCAGGCAGCAGCUCGUAGAAUCAUUGAAGCGAUUCGCGAGGACGAACUCAAAAGAAAAGGAGCCUUGCUUUCCAAACUGAACCCAAAUGACGCGGGAACCGUGUUGACUUCCACUGAUGCCUUCAAUCAAACUACUCAAAUGCCACAGGACGAACCAGACUUUUUAGUGGUCGGCAAAGACACUGAUGUCGUUACACCAUCACUCGACAAGUUCAUCGCCUCGAAACCACGAAAACUCACACGACGACGAAGGAAGAAACGCAGCGUUUCAGCCAAUAAUUCAAAAACUGAAGUGACGAGCAACACGGUGUCCAAACCGGUGACAGAACAAGACAAGACUGCAACAGCGUCGAUGCAAAACUCGCAAGUGCCUUCAGCCAUGGCAACGGUUAGUGAAUCAUCAGCUUUUGGCAGACAGGCGACACCAAGCAAGAGGCUGUCGGCAAAUCCCAAUCAACUCAUGGGCAACACUUCGGAUAUUUUGGAAACCAUGGUUGCACAAACUGUGGCCGCGGACGAGGCUGCUGCCGAAAUUCUGGUUCCGAAGCGCAAACUUCGGUCCAAGAAAAGGAUUCCUGCUGGAUUACCGGGUUUGAGCACUGGACGAUACGGUAGGCAAAAGUCGUCGGGAGUCAGUCCUGGCCCU